ACCACUUCAGCGCUAUGGAGUUAGCUGUCCAGCGCUAUGUCGCUAGAGGAACGACCACACCUCUCUGUGGCAAUUUGUGGGCAUGUGGGUUCUGGCAAAAGCACCAUUGGGGCACAGCUGCUGAAUUCCUUAAGGCCUCCAGUGCGACGUGGUCUCCUUACCCCACCGCGACGUGUUGAGGGAGCCGCAGAUGUUCAGAUCUUCCUGGACACCCGGCCGGAGGAGCGAGAGAUGGGCCGUACCGUGAUUUGUAAGAUGAAGGAAUUCGUCACAGAGCACUGGAGAUACACGCUCAUAGACGUCCCAGGGCACCAACGCUACAUCACCAACAUGAUCGCUGGAGCGUCUCUGGCAGAUGCAGCCUUGCUGUUGGUUCCCGCAGAUGACACAUUCGCUUGGUCCCUGUGCAGCGCGGGAGGAGGCGUACCUGAAGGCGGCUCUCGUCAACACGCGCGGGUGCUUCAUACCUUUGGGGUGACACAGCUUUGCAUCGUCGUGACCAAGCUGGAUGGGCUGGCCCCUGCUGAGCAGCCUGCACGCUUCAGGGAGGUCGUUCAAGAGACCAAGCGAAGCCUCCGGAAGAGUGGCUGGAAGAGCGACUUUUUGGAGCAGAAUGUUGCCUUUGUCCCGGAAGCAGGUCAUAGAAAUUUCAACAUCACCUCGAGAUCGGACUACUUCCCGUGGUGGACGGGACAGGAUGUUCAACUUCCAGAAGCUCGUGGCAGUGCGCUUGUCCACAUUCACUGCCUCUACGACGUGCUGGAUGCAAUUUUUGCCCCACCUAUGCGUUGUAUCAAUGCGCCUCUUCUGAUGACGGUGCUGCAUGUGGUGCCAGUCUACAGGUGCUUGGUGGGUCGUGUGGAGCAAGGCACUUUGCGGCAUUGGAAGGUAAAGGACGAGCGGACAGUGGUUCUGCCAAGGCAGCCCUAUUCCACAAAAAGUGCUCGAGUGGGGAGCAUACACAUCUACGGCCAGUGGAUGGAUGAAGCAAAUGCUGGCGAUAUUCUGAGCCUGGACGGUAUUUUUGGUUAUCCGGCGCCCCAACGAGGGCAAGCCUUGAUGUUGUUGGAAGAAGAGGAGCGCUAUGGAGAACUUCGCUCCUUUGAGGCACAGGUGGUGCUGCUGUUUAGUCCAUCAGAUAUGAAACUUGGGCACGUAGCCUUGGCGUGCGUGUGCACCGGCCGUGCUCCCGUGCGACUUCUGGACAUCAAGUGGAAAAUCAGCAAAGAAACUGGCGGCCGAAAGGUGGAAGGUCCACAAAAGCUCAGACCAAACGACAUGGCGCUGUGUACCUUUCAACCGCUGAAACCUUUCUUAUGUGAUAGCUUUGGUUCCUGCAGCAAGUUGGCGCGGAUUCUCUUCGUGGAGCACCACCAGGUCAUGAUGUUGGGAAAGGUGGUGUGCUGCCACCGCAAGGAGGACAAUGACAAAGGCGGCAAGAAGAAGUGAAGUUGUAAAGGGCCAGCGUUUGAGAUUUUAGGUCGGGAUAGGGGCAGAUCUCCUAAAAAUCCUCGUUGGAUGGUUGACCGUUCCGAGUUUGGAGGCUCGUUCUCCUACCAGGCUGCUCCAUUUUUGGUGUUUGCC